AUGGAGCGUCGGGGGGGGGGGGGGUAUUUUGAGGAUCAAGGUGUUAGUGGUGAUCCUGCGCUCGAUGCCAUUCCUACUAUAGGAUGGUCCACACCAGGCUUAUCAUACCUAAGUGCUAUCAGGUUUAUAUUCCAAGGAAAGUCGAUAUUGGAUGAGGGGUAUGACAAGUACAAGGACUCUCUCUUCAGGAUCCCAAUGAUCGACCAUUGGUCAGUUGUGGUCAAUAGCCCAAAACUCAUCGAUGAGCUGCGAAGAGCACCAGAUGAUCAUCUCGACUUCAACGAGGCCGUUGUCCGCUCAAUCGAAGCUUUUUUUACACUUGGACCUUCCGUAGUCAAAAACGACUAUCACACUGGGGUUAUCCGCUCCACAUUGACACGAAAUCUUGUCAAACUCUUUCCAGUCAUUCGCGACGAGAUCAGCAGUGCUUUUUCCGAGAUCAUCCCUACAGGGGUCAACGAUGAGUGGGUAAAGGUACCCGCCAUAGACUCGAUGCUGAAGAUUGUCUGCCGGACCAGCAAUCGUAUCUUUGUUGGCCCUCAGAAAUGUCGCGAUCCAGACUGGAUCGCUUUAAACUCUCAGUUUACCAUCGACGUGAUAACCUCGGGCUUGAUCAUCAAUCGAUUUCCUGACUUUUUGAAGCCGAUCGCAGGACGAAUAUUCAGCAAGCUUCCAUCAAGCCUCAGGCGAGCGGAAGGGCAUAUUAGGCCUCUGGUCGAAGAACGUCGUCGUAUGAUGGAGGAGCUGGGAGACAGCUGGACAGACAAGCCUAACGACAUGCUGAUGUGGCUGAUGGAAACCGCAGUGGGCGAAGAGAAGACUUUACAUUGCCUGGCAGCUAGGCUUUUGACUGUCAACUUCUCAGCUAUGCACACUUCGUCUAUGAGCUUCACGCAGGCGCUUUAUCAUCUUGCAGGCAACCCAGAAUAUAUGCAACCCCUUCGAGAAGAGGUCGAGUCGAUCGUAGCUACACAUGGUUGGUCCAAGGAUUCAUUGAACAAGAUGCGCAAGAUCGAUAGUUUCAUGCGAGAGUCACUGCGUUUCAACGGUCUCGGUCUACUGGUCAUGUCCCGAUACGUUCGCAGGCCUUUCACAUUCUCUAAUGGUAUCACCGUGCCUGCGGGAACUGUUCUCGACUGUCCAGUCUCUGCUAUCCACCACGAUGAACAAUACUUCCCUGACGCCGACGUGUUCUCUCCCUUCCGGUUCUCAGACAUGCACGAGGAUGAAGGUGAAAGCUUGAAGCACCAGAUGGUCUCCACCGCUUUGUCGGAUUCCUCUCCAUUUUUGAGCUUUGGUCACGGCCGCCACGCAUGUCCCGGCAGAUUUUUUGCGGCCAAUGAGCUGAAGGCUAUGCUCGCACACAUAGUGACCGAAUACGACGUCAAGUUCGAGGACGGUGCUCCGCACCCCGAGAACACAAUCAUCGGGUCUACUGUCGUGCCCGCGAAUGCGAAUGUUCUAUUCAGGAAGAGACAGGGGGCGUGAUCCGAGAUGUGCUGACUCUUUCUUUAUCCCCUUGUACCCGCUAAUCCUUGCUGCGAAGUAUAAUGUUCCUCGGUGGCCUCUAGGCCCGACAUUCCAUUCUGCAUGUGGUAUAGGACUCGGUCUAAAUGUAUGUAAAAGCGCAGAAUGCUCAUUACAAGGCAGCCACGUUCUCCAGCAACACCUUCACCCUACCGACCACAUCAUGCGCAACCUGCGCCUCUAUGCCGUCCUCUUGCCAAGUUCCCACAACACACAUGUCUCCGCCUUUAACACUACAAGCAGAGAACGCAAUGACCGGUCCAACGACGUUCGCGCUCUGUGAUAACAUCAUCCUAGAGAUCGUCCACCUCUGCUCCUUCGUCUUCAACCCACCAUCAACAAGGCCGACAUUAGAAACUUCGAAUGUCGGAUUUCUCUUCUGCCCAAGGUAACCCUGGAUUAACCCACGUAUGUCCCGCACAUAGCGUAACAGCCCCAUCGUCGAAUUCUGCAUCCCCUUCUGUAUCUUCAUCUCCAAUUUGCCUUUGACCUCUCUCGCCACACUCCACACCGCUUUCCAAUCCAGCAUGACCUCUCCAUUCGGGUCGAAGAUCACGUCCUUGUUACUAGUGGACCCAGACGGAGGACCGACGGGGAUGUCAGAGCGAGCGAAGAGAUGUUCAGUAGCCUCGAUGAAUACACCCAUCUGACUAUCGUACUCGCCACUGCCGCCGCCCGUUUUGUGACCCAUGAACCGUCUCGCAUUCAUCGCACAUACGCACUUCAGCUUCUGGGCCUCAGAGUUUCCGCUAGCUGCCAGGUACUCGAAGAAUGCGACGGAUAUCAAAGUCUCUAACAGCGCCGUCAUCGACGUUUGGUUCUUCCUGCACUGUUUUGGGAGCGCGGCGGCCGUGCUCGCGUCGAGAACGAAAUGCGACAUUUGAGUCUGAACCUUGUAUGGGCCUAAACUUGGUCCGCCAAUACGCUUCGAGGGGUCCUCUUCGAGAGGCGUGUCGGGAACGAAUACGGGACGUCCGGUCCAUAAGGAGCGAGGAGGGCGAAAAAAUAAUGGCCCGAAGAUAGCUUUAAGGAGGGUGAGCCACGAGACCGACAUGUCGAUAAUGUUCUCCAUGGGAGGAAGGAAAGGGACAUCUGUACGGACGUCUACCACGGGACUCGAGGACGUCUCCGCAGGUGCUCCUUCCGCAGAGUUCAAGGCUGCUAGCAAGCUCGAAUGGAAGAUCUGAGCGCUGCCGCCGUCCGCAACGGAAUGAUGAAUGAAAAGUGCGAUGUCCACUCCGGGAUUGCUAGGGACAGCCUCCGAGGCGGAAUCUGAAGGCGUCUGCGAAUUUCGCCAGUGGAGAGGAAGGAGAACGAUGAGUCUCCACAACGGCAACUCGCCCAAGCGUUCGAACUGCCUCGAGUGAUGUUUCUUCGCGACACGGUCUAUUUCCUGCUCGCGAUAUUCCACAUUGUCGGUUGAUUCCGGGAGCUCCGAGAACGAAACGACGCUGUCGAGGUCGAUGCGGCGUAAACGAACGAAUUGCGGCUCCGCAGUUGACUCGCCGACCAAAGACACGCUCAACGAAGGGUGCUGGUCUAUAAUUUUCCUGAGCGCGGGAUAUAUGUAUGCUUUCAGAGCUUCAAGCGAGCUCGCAGGUCCAGGACUAGUAUUACCAGCAUCUGGCAAAGUGGAGGAUGGUGGGUGGUAACGUGCUGUCAUUCCUACAGCGUGGUAGAACCCAAGGGAGUGCCGGACAGUGGACCAUUUUUCGAGAGGACUUGGAUAUCUGAGGAAUAUGGAGUCUUCAGCUGCAACUGCAUUCGAUGACUCAGACAUGCUGCUCGUGGACUCCUCGACGUUC